AUGAGGAGAUACUGUUCAGUGGCUCUGGUUCUAUUACUUGUAGCUUUUUUUAGCAGCAAGUAUAGUGUAGAGGGACGUUCUCUGUUAAGGAUAACACAUUCUCGUCAAGCUGUGAGAGAUUUGCAGAUAAGCAAGGAUAUGAAAGAAGGAAAGCCGCUUAGAGGAGAAAAAGAUAGCUUCCGACAUAUCCCAAGGAGUGGCUCAAAUCCUAUACAGAACAAGUAA